AUGCACUUUUUCUCGUUUCCAGCGCGUCCGCGGAGGAAAGUCCACAGUGGCGUUGCAGCACGCGACAGAGAGCGGAAAGAACGCGAGACGUCGGGAAGGCGCGUUGCGCUCGCCUUCUCCCUCGGAGGCAGAAGACAGGAGAGAGAGGGGCGCGGAACUCAGCAGCGAAACUGUUACAUACAGGGGGAGACAGGGGAGCUUCCUCCAGCUCCUUCGGACUCCAAGCGGACGGUGUUUCUGGACAUCGACGAGACCUUGGUUCACGUGACUCCGUACCCUCUGCCUUUUGUGAAACCGGACGCAACGUUUCUUCUUCAAGAGCACCGGCGUCCCUCAGACCCACCAGGUGUGUCUCCCGAGUACCUGCCAGGUGUCUCUGCGGGGGCGGCUCCACGCGCGGCGCUGCUGCAUGUGUACUACCGGCCGUUUCUGAUGCCGUUCUUGGAGAACUUGCUCCAGACGAAUCGGUGCGAACUGGUCGCCUUCACGGCCGCUCUGCGCGAGUAUGCAGACCCGAUCUUGGACGGAAUCGAAACGAAGCUGGGGGGCGCCCGAGGGAGCGUCUUCGCGGCUCGGCUGUACAGACAGCACUGCGCGCGGGCGCCUCGCUCGCCCCUCGUCCCUCCCGCCUUCUUCGAGGACGCUCAUGCGGACUUUCACUCUGCCGAAGGCUUCGAAGCGGCGGAGCGUGGGGACCAGACAGCAGAGGGCUCGCCGGAGGCCGCGCGAGAAGAAGAGUGCGGGCAAAAACGAGGUGAAGACGCAGGCGAAGAAGAUCGAAAGGAGGAGCGCGAGCCUGUCGAGGCAAGUAAGGGAGGAAAGCGUAAGCAAGCCGAGUUAGAUGUGGGCGGCAGGAAGCGAAAAGCCACCACGGAAGACCUGGUCCCAGGCGACAGUGGAGAGGCAGAGCGCGUGAACGCCGGUCUCUCAGAAAACACCCCACAAGAAGAAGGAGAAGAAAGAGAAGGAGAGAGAGAGGCCGGAAACACAGUGUCGGAGGGGGACGAGCUCGCGAGGCCAGGAGAGAGGUGUGGCGGUUCUCAGCCGAGAGGAUGCGAACGCAGACCAGACGCAGAGACGACGGGGGCGGGUGCGCCAACUGUGCCUCUGCCUCUGUCCCCGACAUCGUUCGAUCUGCGGAGGGCGUUGACGGAGAGCGACCACGACGAGGACGAUCUGUACAAUCAGCAGUUGGUCGAGGCCGAGGAGUUUCUCUACGUGAAGGACUUGGUGCAUGCAGCGCCUUCGCGCUGUCUGUCGCGCUGUGUGUUGCUCGACAACUCGGUCGUCUCCUUGGCUGCUCAACUUGCGAACGGCUUGCUGCUGCGGCCCUUCUACGGGGACCCGCAGGACCGCGAACUCGAAGGGGUGCUGGCCUUUCUCCUGGAUCUCCUCGAGAAGACUGGUGACAUUCGCGAGAGCAUGAAAGAGUCCGGCAUGCUACACAAAGUCACGCAAAUGCUCCUGCUGCUGCCGGAGCUCCGCGAGUCCUUGGCACUCUCAGCGCCUCUCAAAGCCGAGCUCGACCUUUACUUGCGCGAAGGCCGCGAAUCGGCAGAGGCGAUGGCGUCGGCGGCGCAGAGUGAGCUUGAGGAAGGCGCAGCCGAAGCAAUUGCCGCAGAGACCGAAAGGAAAGGAAGCGAGCGCGGUGACAGCGAGAAGAAGGAGACCGGAACCGUGAGGAGACGCAGAGGCCGACGGAGUCGCAGACAAACGCAGUCCGAGGGCGUCACACGAAGCAGAAGAGGCGAAGGAGGAAAACGCGAGCGAGCACUCGGCGAGACGGGAGUGAAGGGUCGUGAACGAGUGUGCGUAUCGGCAAGCGACAACUCGGUUCACGAGCAAGACAUGGACGAAGACGACCUGCACGAGAGCGAGAGUCUCUCUCCCUUUCUCACCGACCACGAAGCGCCUUCUUCCUCAUCUCUUUCGCGCGCGAGCUCGCCUGAGGCAGUUGACGCGACGCGUCUCGUCGACGCUCUGUCGGCUUUUCCUUUGCUGUCAAAGUCACACGAUGAUGAGACAUGUCGGUCGACAGAGCCGCCGUCAACGCAGGUCGCACUUGAGAGUCCGGCCAGUGUCUCGUCGCCGCCCUCACUGCCUGCCUCGUUCCUCCUUGCAGCGUCCCCUCCAGCGUCGCCUUCGCGCCCAAGCGACCCGCCGCCAGCGCCGGAGGCCGCCGAAGAGCCUGGGUCUUUCGACUGCGUAUGUGGAUGCCCUUCCGAGCGCGGCAUUCGCUGCUGCGGCGAGGAGAACCUCCCAGCAGAGGGCGACAGGCUGUCCGAGAAGGCCGGUGGCGAGUGCACACAAGGGUGUGGGGAAGAGGGAGAGAUGAGAGCGGUUGCGGGGCCUGAGCACUGUUCUGUCUUAGGUGGACGUCGGGACUGCUCGACUCAGAGAGAGGAAACGGGGGACGCCAGAGAGUGUACCUUCGCAGCAAGCGGCUGGCCCCAGGGCCGCCUCCCCGUGCUUCUCGCUUCGGCGGGGAACGAAAGCGCAUGCAGCAGAGGCCAGGGCGAAGACGCUGGUGGAGAGGAGACUUCGGAACCGAAGAGCAUCGAGCUCACCAAAGCGGCGCUCGUGGAAGGGGGCUGCAAAAGUACGCAUGCGUCGGAAGAAGCGAAAGACGACGAGCAGGUAGAGGGGUCGCGCGGGCAUGUCGACGCUGCCUUUCUUCCAGAAAGCUUCUACCUGAGUCAGGGCCGAGGCGCGGGGGACAUGGCCAAUCCCUUGUCCGACGCACCAGAUGUCUCAGAGAGCAGCUGGCCUUCCUACGAGUCUCUCCAGAUCUGGCCUGCCCGCGAAGAGGCGACGAACUCUAGGUCAGGGACCUUCCUGGAAGAGAAUCCGUCUGUCCUCUCAGUCGCGUUGUCCUACGUUGACACUCGGCCCCCUGGUGAGGACAGAUUGCAAGGCGACGACGGCGAGAUUCCGAGCGUUUGUCCUCCGGUUCUCGUCUCUACUUCGAGCGUUGUUCACGGUCAAACACUCUCGCUUCCUCGAGUGUCAGCAGGACUCCCGUCGGGGCCAAGUUAUCCCAGCGCCUCGCGCCUCCAUCCCGAAGAGCGUGAUCCGGGCCGGCGGUCGGAUCGCCCUGCUCUGCCCCAUCUCGCGAUGCCGCCGUCGUCUCCACCUCCGUCCCCACACCUCACCUCCUUGGCUCCGCCACUGCCCUUCUCUCUCCCUGUCCCUCCCCCUUCUUCGCCUUCAACGCCUUCUGCAUCUUCUCUCCCGCGCCCAGAGCGCUUCAGAGCCGCCAGACAAUUCACCUUUCACCUUCAAGAGCCGACUCCGCAAGGCUCCCGGCCUCGCCAGCAUCUCAGGGAUCUUGGAGGCCCUCGCGGAUUCAACCAGGAAGGUGCAUGCGUUCCCUUCGCUGCCCAGGGCGCUGCGUACUCGCCGUCAAGGACCAGCUCGGAGUACCCCGAUCCUUCUCUGCCGCCGCCGGCUCUCGCUGGGGGCGCUGCUCAUCCGGGGGCACGCGAUGCCCAGGAAGGGACAGAGGAGACCCAAGGGGCCCCAGGCGCGAGGCUCGAGCGCGGGGCGCGGCCCACAGAGAAAAGAAGCGAAAGAAAAGAGACAUAUCACGCAGCAGCGAGUACGCGAGGAAGCCAACCUGAGCCGCGCGUCCUGCGACACCCCCAGGCCGAACAAGGCAAGCCUGGAAGCUCCGCAGUUUCCUCCCUUCGUCCUCUCGCUUCUUGUUCUCCUUCGUCUGUUUCUUCUCUGGUGUCUUCGACUUCCGCGGCCCCGCGGCCACCGCGGGUGGCUGCCCAACCGCGCCCCACACAGGUGAACGGGGGGACCAUGUCUGAGGCCCAGACGGCGAAGAGUUCGACGCAGCUCGCGCCCGAGAGUCUCUGUCGGUCCCCGUCCCCGUCAUCCCUCGUGCGUGGUUCGCCCCCUGCUCCUGCAGGCUCCAAGAAGAGGCCGGAGAAAGCCAAUGACGAGGUCGAGGCCCAGCGAGACAGCGAAACACAGGGCACUGGUCAGGACAAGAAGGAGGGCGAUGACGCCCCUGCACCCAGCAAGGGUGCGGCGAACCCCCAGAGCUCAGCGAACCAACAGAGUGCAAAGAAACCGUCCAGCGCGGCUGGGCAUUCUGUCGGUCAGGUGCUCGCCCGUCAGAAACCGCAUGCAGCUCGCGCGAGCUCGUUGCCUGCAAAGAGUUCCCCGAACCCCACACAGCUGCGACAGGAGACUCCUCGCAUGAAGGCCGAGGGCCAGGGGGCGCCUCAGACGGAAGUGAAGAAACGCAUCACGCCGUCCAGCUGGCGAGAGGAGCGCGUGCAGCUGACUGGGCGGGGAGAUCUUCGAAGGCCGGUGUCCACGGUGCAGGGCUCACACAGUCGCCCAGCGGGUGUUUGCGUCGCGGCGCCAAAGACCAUUCGUGGAGUAUCGGGCUACUGCGGGGCAGCUGUCUCUCUUGGGGGCUCCUCCUCGUCGCCUGGACUCCGAGCAAGCGGCGGGAAGAAGUCGAAAAAAACCUUGGAGUCGCAGGUGUUGUCUCCCCAGAAGGGCUGGUGCGAGAGGCUGACAGCUUCUCUUGGGUGUCAGUCUGCCACUGUUCACAGUGAAGCCUCGACUCCAACGCAGCGAACGAGUGCUGUCUCCAUCCCUUGUUCCGUCUCACCACAGCUCCAGGGGGUUCGUGGAUGCAGCCAGUCGAGCAAGCGCGUCUUUCUCCCUGUCUCGUCAACGGCAGGAAUGCCAGGCGUACACAGCGCAGGCAGAGUCUCGGUUUCUCGUUCAGAAGCGCAUCAGGUUGUUUCGCGUCUGGAGGCUCCCUCGCCUCAUACACCAGCGGCAGCGAGUGUGCGUUCAAAGAGUGCAGGGCCUGGGCUUAAGUCCACGGAGUCUCCGACCUCGCAAGUCGUCUUUCGCCAGUACGGAGGCGUCAUGAAUGGAGCCCAAGGUGACAGUCGCGUCGUGCUCGCCUGCGUCUCCCAGAGGCCUCCAAACGUCUCUUCUGCCCCUACGGUUCUACCAGUCACCGGAGCUCUACCGGCUUCUGGGGCUCCACAGUGGAGUUUGGGGGCGGGGACAGAGCCGCAGAGAGACCGGAGUGCGUCCUCGUCGGAAGUUUUGCUGUGGCACAACGAGGGUGAAGAGAGACAGCACAGCGCACAGAGUCGUGUACGUUCUUCCGAGGAACGGGAAGACGAGGAAGGCGAAACUCGCGAAGUCGAAGUUUACUUUGCUGCGCCGCCCCAGGUGCCCUCCUGCCUUGAUUCGGCGGCGACUGCUGUUUCAAGGCGCGCGAGAGAGACAGGAGUCGAAUCGGUGACGAAGUAUGUAGAUAAGGAGGACCCUUCGCUUCCUUCAAAGUUCCAGUCUUAUGCAGCUGUCCCUGCCGCCUCUUCCUCCGCUGUAGCCACCACGUCGACGCCCAUUCAACGGCCGCUCGCCUCUCAGAGCACUCCGGGGUCUGCUCUGAGGGGGGGGUCUCCAGUUUCUCCAGCCUCCUCCUCGCGGAUGUCUCUCGUCUCUUGCUCAUCCCCCGCCGCUGCGCAGGGAGGCUCCCCUGCAGUUGCAGCGGCGCUGUCUCCACGUUUUGUGCAGCCUGUGCUGUUUGUGGGGAACAAGACGAAUUCGGUGGCUUUCGGAUCCCUGGUCUCCGUACCGGGGGCGCGAGAGCUGAAGCGCGACUUCAUUCCUUCCUCAGGUGCUCAGGAGACACCCAUCGGUAUGCUUCGUGUCUCUUCUUCCUCGGCGGGGGGCAAGGCACCAGCCUUCGGACCUUCGCCCCUGUCUCCGGCCUCUCGCACGGAUGCGUCGGUCGUGGCACCGGCGUCAACUCUGAUGUUUUACCCUGUCUCCCCGCGCCCCGAGGCCCAGACCGGCAUGUCUCUGUCCCCUCUGGGUGCGGGCGGCUUGGGCGCGAAAAACAGCGAUUCCUCUCGGCCUCAGUCGUCCAGAACUCCACCGGUUGGAGGGGCUGCAUGCGCACCACAAACCGUUACCUGGCAAGGCGAAAUGUCUCCUGUCUCCGGGCGGAACUCGCCGAUGUCGGUCAACCCCGAGGCCGCCAUGAAUCGCCUGCCUUCUGAGGUUGCUGGCCUCAACGCUUCGGAUCAGUACAGAGCGAACUCCAUGCCUCGAACGUACAUGCGUGCAUCCGCUCCUCUUUCGCCUUCUCCACUUUCGUCUGUGGACUGUGGUCCUUCCACGGACAGGCGGGUGUGUGCGACGCCAUCUCGAGGUGUCUCCUCGGUCGCGCAGACUGCAGUCCUCGGUGCCUCUUCGCGACUCUCUCUGCCCUCUGUUCGCCUCCACAUGAAGAAUGGCCCUUUGUCUCCCUCCACCGCUUAUGGCUUUGGCUCCGCGUUCUCGCCGAGCACCGUUCCGCCGGUCCCCACCUGGCUGCUGGCCGAGGCUUCUGGAGUCCGAGGCCGGAGCCGGGAGACAGGAGGACCUCUGGCAUCGGGCUGCUGGAGACAGCUCACGCCGAGAGGUUCCCGCGUCUGGGUCCCAGCGCAGCGAGAAACGUCGCUCUCCCCGACUGCAUGCAGCAAACCUGCAAAUCUGAAAGUCGCCGCCGAGGAAGGCCCUCAGCCGUCGUGGUUCUGUGGCGCCCCUCGCAGCCCAGAAGCUCUGCGGUGGGGAGGAAGUAAAGGCAAGGACGCACAAAGGCGCUGA